AUGGACAAGCUAGCAAGCAACGACUCAAACGUGCGACCACUUGAUGAACCUGCCACAAUGAAUGAACAGUCCUGGAUCUCAUCAAUAUUCGCUCUUGGCGCAGUGUUUGGACCAUUUAUCUUCGGAUUCCUAGCUGAUAAGAUCGGGAGGAAGUAUACUUUGCUGAGUACUGCGCCACCUUUUGCACUAUGCUACCUUCUGCUUGCUUUUGGAAAAUCCGUUUACCUCUUUCUCGCUGCUAGAUUCAUCAUCGGUUUAGCACUUGGGGGUGUUUUCACAGUGAUACCUAUGUAUCUGAGUGAAAUUGCUGAUAACAGCAAUAGAGGAGCAAUGGGCUCAUCUAUGAACGUAUUUCUUUGCUUAGGUUUACUGUUUUCAUACUCUCUUGGACCGUAUGUGUCUGUGAUGGUCUUCAACAUAGUGUUGACGGUUGCUCCAUGUGCAUUCUUUGUAUUGUUUUUCCUCUUCGCACCUGAGACUCCUACGUAUUACGUAAGCAAAAAUCAAGAUGAAGAAGCUGAAGCUGUUUUGCAACGGUUACGAGGAUCUGGGGUAGACAUCAAGCAGGAAUUAACUAGUUUACAAGAAAAGCAAAAAGAAGAUGGUAAAGGUGGCUUUUCCGAUUUAUUCCAGUCAAAAGGUUUGAUCAAGGCUUUGUGCAUAUCAGUGGGCUUGGUGGCUUUCCAGCAAUUUUCCGGCAUAAACGCCGUUUUGUUUUAUGCACAAAGUAUCUUCCAACAAGCAGGAAGUACCUUAGCACCAGAAGUGUGCUCUAUUUUGAUUGGAGGAGUACAAUUUGGUACUAGUUUCAUUACACCUCUGAUCUCUGAUAAGUUGGGGAGGAAAAUUUUGCUACUCAUUUCAGCUGUUGGUAUGGUAAUUGCAGAAGUACCCCUUGGUGUAUACUGCUACCUUAAAGAUAAGGGGGAUGACGUUCAAAGUAUUUCCUUUUUGCCUAUUGCAUGUCUAAUAACGUAUAUUAUAAUGUACAACGUUGGGUUUGGACCAUUACCAUGGGCUGUGAUGGGUGAAAUAUUCCCAAGUAACGUUAAGUCCAUUGCGUCAUCACUGACAGCUGCAAUCUGUUGGUUCAUGGGCUUUUUGAUUGGUUAUUUCUUCAAGUCUAUCUCAGCCAGUAUCGGUAUGGGGCCCUCGUUUUGGAUUUUCUCAGGGUGUGCUGCUUUAGCUAUCCCCUUCUCGUGGUUUGUUUUGAUAGAAACGAAAGGAAAAUCUAUAAGUGAGAUCCAAGAAGAGCUCAAUCGAUAG